AUGACUCUUGCUCAAGCUCUCUUAGCCUUGGGUAGUGGUGUUACUCUCCACCAUCUGUUCUACCGCUUGAGCGAAUGGGAUACUAGAUCUCCAUUCCUGUUAGCUUCGUAUAUUUCUGUCUUGGUCGCUGGGAGUGUCGGCAUUUGGUUUUUAAAUAGCCAAACAGAAGUUGUCGUGCCACUCUCGCCAAAUGAAUUUCGAAAGUCUUGGCUUUAUCACAUCCUCGGUGUGUACAGCAGCAUGCUUGUCUACCGAGGGUUCUUCCACAGACUGGGCAAAUUUCCGGGUCCUUUCUUUGCGCGCUUUUCCAACCUCUAUCUGACAAUGUUGUCUUCUAAGCUCCAUCUCUACAAGGAAAUUGGUGAUCUUCAUGAGACGUAUGGGGACUAUGUUCGAACAGGUAAUGUGACAACUCCUUUUUGGCAGAGUAUGUUUUCUAAGUACUUCACGAAUUUAGGUCCUACCGAACUCUCAAUCGUGGACCCAGCAGCGGUCCAGGCUAUUUACGGUAACCAAUCAAAGGCUACUAAAGGCCCCUGGUAUACAUUGCUCGACCCGCGAGUUUGCUUGUCAUUCACUAGAGACAAGCAAGAACAUGCGCGCCGUCGGAAAGUUUGGGAUCGUGGAUUCAGCACCAAGGCAAUUCGCGCGUAUGAACCAGUCGUUGCAAAAUACGCCCAGCAACUCGUGAGAUCUGUGGAGCGAGACCUUGCCAGUCCAAUUGAUAUGACGCGGUGGUUCAGUUAUUAUGCGUUUGAUGUGAUGGGAAACCUUGCUUUCGGAAAAUCGUUCAACAUGAUUGCCGCAGGCAAAGAGGCCAACUUUAUGAAGACAAUUCGGACGGACAUGACAAACAUUGGCCAUCUCAAACAUAUGCCCUGGAUAUUCCCUAUUAUCUUGAAUGUUCCGCGCCUAAACGCAAACAACCUGAAGUUCUGGAAGUGGAUUGAGAACCAAUUCCUGGAAAGGAGUGCUAACGAACCGGAGCAGCGAGAUAUCUUUUCUUGUAUCCUUGAUGCGUAUAAGAAGGGGCCCCAGUCAGCCCAAGAUACCCUUAAUCUCCAUGGAGAUGGCUAUCUAAUUGUCGUGGCGGGAAGUGACACGACUUCUACAACUCUAUCGCAUCUUUGGUUCCAUCUUGCCGGUGACAAGGCUCUAACUCAGAAGCUUCAGAAGGAAAUUGAUGCUCUUGAGGAGCUGAAUGAUGAUACCAUUUCCAAGAUCGAUCUUCUUGAUGCCACAAUCUACGAGACCCUUAGAUUGCACCCAGCGGUCCCUUCUGGUCUUCAAAGAGUUACUCCACCAGAGGGUAUGACCAUUGGCAAGGCAUACAUUCCCGGAAACACCGUUGUCCAAGUGCCUUUUUACACCAUAUUCAGAGACCCACGAGCGUUUGAGCGUCCAACUGAGUUUAUUGCGGAACGCUGGACUACCAGUCCUGAACUGGUCAAAGAUAGAUCUGUGUUUAUUCCAUUCAAUACAGGACAGUGGGCAUGUGUUGGUAGACGGCUUGCACUCAUGGAGCUUCGGCGCGUGACCGCAGAGCUCCUUAUUCGAUACGAUAUCUGUUUUGCUCCGGUAAAGCCAACGAUACCUUUCUGGAGGACGGGAAGGACAUGUUUACCCUUGCUGCUGCACCGCUACACUUGA